AUGGAACAAUCCAGACCUGAAAGGGGCCUGCGAGGGAGAGUCGCCAUCGUUACCGGGGCAGGAUCAUUAGGAGCCGGCAUCGGAAACGGGCGAGCCGCAGCAAUCUUGCUGGCCGAGGAUGGCUGUUCAGUUGUCUGUGUCGACUUGAAUCUGGAUCUCGCUCAGAAGACUGUGCACAUGAUCCGAGAUGAAGUCCAGGGUUCGGCCAUUGCGUUCGCAGCAGAUGUCACCAAAGAAGAGGAAUGUCGAAACGUUGUGCGCGCAUGCAUUGAGCAAUACGGCCGACUGGAUAUCCUCGUCAAUAACGUGGGGAUCAAUGGACCCAUAGGCACGACGACGGAAGUUGACAUUGCGGCGUUCUACAAGGGGCUGGAAGUCAACGUGGGAUCGAUGAUCCUCAUGGCCAAAUAUGCCAUCCCCCAGAUGUGCAAAAAUCCCGGACAGUGGGCUGGAAGUAUCGUGAAUCUUGGAAGCACGGCGUCCUUGAAGGGUGGUCACCCGGCGAUCUUCUAUCCUACAUCCAAAGGAGCCAUCCCCAACCUCACUCGUGCAAUGGCUACACAUCACGGGAAAGAUCGCAUCAGAGUGAACUGUGUCUGUCCAGGAAUGGUGUUCACGCCCAUGGUAGACAUCAAAGGUGGCAUGUCAAUGGCGGAAAGACAAGCCCGGGCCUCACGAAGCAUUUUGAAAACCGAGGGUUCUGGUUGGGAUAUUGGCGCAGCCGUGCGGUUCCUGUCGUCGGACUGUGCCCGCUGGAUCACGGGGGCAAUACUCCCGGUUGAUGCUGGAGCCACAGCGGCUCUGGGUCUCGGUAUUCCCAGCCUUCAUGACGGGCUACGCGGGACAGUGGGUGCUAAAUUAUGA